AUGGAGAUGUGGCUUCCUCGCUGGGAGACUCUUGGGAGAAUUAGCUUGAUGGAGACUAUCAAGAUUUAUCAACAGCCACGCUUCUCACCCAAUACCAUGGGUAUCAUCUGA